AAGGGUUUAAAUGUUGGCAUCCCCCAGCUCUCCACGCUCGCACCUCUCAGGGACACGGCAGCAUGAAGUUGGUGGCUGCUCUCCUCCUGGCGGGGAUGCUCAUCCUCUGGACAGAGCUGCCAACAGGCAGCGCCUGGUCCUGCCCGCCCGUGCACUUCACCUGCGCGAUGCUCAACCCGCCGAACAAAUGCUACACCGACCGGCAGUGUCCACGGCCCAAGAAGUGCUGCCAGUCCUUCUGUGGGAGGAGAUGCCUCUCGCCACCAUCUUCCCCCCCCCUCAUCUACGAAUGAGCUCCUGCUCCCGGGACAGACCCAGGGCCUUCUCAGCAUCCCCGUGUCACCCCAGCACCAGCAGCUGCCCGCACUUCUGCUAAGGCUCGUCCUGCCCGAUGCCAGCCCCCGGGAGGAUGGGGACGGCCACCAGCCCACGCUCAGGGACCACUUCAGCUCCAGAACCACCCAGCUGAGAGCUGCCACGCAGUGCUACGUGUUGCCUGCUGCCCGCUCCCUCUGCUUCCCCACUGCUGUUCUAACAAAUAAAAGAGCUUUUUCCCAGG